AUGGCAGACAUCAAACCAUUCACCAUCUCUGUGCCUGAUGAGGCCGUCGAGGACCUCAAGACGCGUCUCUCGCUUGCCAAAUUCCCCAAUGACGAGCUCGACGGCGCAGGCUGGGACUAUGGCACGCCGCUCGCCGUCGUGAAGAGAUUUGCUGCGUACUGGCGCGAUACGUACGACUGGCGCGUAGCAGAAGCAGAACUCAACCAGCAUCCCCAUUUCACUACUACCAUCCAGUGCGACGGCUACGAGCCGCUCCAGAUCCACUUCCUUCACCAGAGGAGCAAGGUUGAACAUGCCAUUCCGCUACUGUUCAUCCAUGGUUGGCCCGGCAGCUUCAUGGAAGCGCUGAAGAUCUACAAGCAGCUCGCAGACCCCGAUCACCACAACGCGCCCGCCUUCCAUUUUGUUGCGCUGUCCCUGCCCAACUAUGGCUUCUCGUCCGGCUCGAGGAAAAAAGGCUUCGCCCUUGCGCAGUAUGCAGAGACUUGUAACAAGUUGAUGCUGAAGCUUGGCUAUACACAAUAUGUAACGCAAGGCGGUGAUUGGGGAUACUACAUCUCCCGGGCGAUCUCCCUCCUCUUCCCGGACAACUGCCUCGCCACGCACCUCAACAUGGACCAUGGCUCCCGUCCUCGCCUGCUCUCGAACCCACUGCUCUACGCCCAGCACGCCCUCCGACCGUACAACGAGCGCGAGCGCGCCGGCUUUGCUCGCAGCCACUGGUUCCAAGACCAGGGCUCCGGCUACCGCGCCGAGCAGUCCACCAAGCCACAGACUCUGGGCUACGCCUUCGCAGACAGCCCCGUCGCGCUGCUGGCCUGGAUCUACGAAAAGUUGCAUGACUGGACAGAUGCUUACCCUUGGACAGAAGACGAAGUCCUCACCUGGCUCUCCAUCUACUGGUUCAGCACCUCGGGCCCCGCCGCCAACGUACGCAUCUACUACGAAGCCACGCACGAAUGGGACAAUCCGACCUCGCGCGUCACGCGCGAGCGCUGCCGCCAGUACAUCCCGCACGUCAAGAUCGGCCUGAGCCACAACCCGCGCGAGCUCAGCGUCUUGCCCAGCAGCUGGACGCGCACGCAGGGGAACGUCGUGUACGAGAAGAGCUGGGAUCGGGGCGGCCAUUUCUUCGCGUGGGAGAAGCCGGAGCACUUGGUGCAUGAUGUGAGGGCCAUGUUUGGGAGGGGAGGGGGCGCGUUUGGCGUCGUUAGGGGGAAGAGUGGUUAUGCGAAGGCGAGAUUGUGA